AAUUGAUUGCCCAACCGUUUUUGCAACAAUAUUAAUUUCGUUUUUUUACUAUAAAUAGCAACAGAUGAACGGCCAAAGGGUGGUUUCUUUCUCUUCUGCUCUUCUCUCUCUCUUUCCACUUAUGGCAGCAACACCACUCGCCCGAGUCCACUCGGCCGCCACCCUCUUUGCUCGUUUUCAACUCGGUCCUGGGAUUCUGAGUCGGCUCAGCACCUCCUCUGCUCUCGUUGAGCGAGUUGUAAGUUCCCUGCAACUCCAUUUAUACAUUCAUAUGAUCUGUCUGGGGGUGUGUUCACUUCAUUCAUUCAUUCAUUUCGUAUGUGAAAAGCACAAGCAGAAACAGCCUUGAUAAUGGUGGUGGGUCUUCCAUUCCAAUCCCUUAUUGCUUCUCUCAUGGGUUCCUGACAUGGGUGCCUUGUGAUGUGAUCGAGCUACCAAUUUCGUUUCUGGAAAUAAGUUUUCUUUCUCUUAGCAGUAUUUUUUAACUUUCAUCCAGUUAAUCCGAAAUUGUGUUUGGCUGUGCAUAAUUGUGUCCAAUGGGUUCUGGUUGUUAUUGCCUUUUGGUUUUCCUUUCUACCGGAAUUUGUGUAACUUCACAUUGGAGAAACCCUCUAGCUUCCUUUUCUUUGUCGGUUUGGGUGCAUUAUGUGGAUGUAAAGGGUAGGAUGUAGAGAUGAGGGUAACUAAAGGAGGAAGGUUAGGAUGGGCCCUUUUAUGGAUGGAAUUCAAUGAAUGAUGGGGUACUGGUGCUUGGGCAGAAAAAAAAAUUUCUUGCCAUUUGACAUGUAUGGGCAUUCAUGUGUGUAUGUGUCCAUGUCAUGGAAAAGGAAGUGAUAAUUGAGACCUUUGUGAAUCCCCCCAUCUCAAAAGAUAUGUGGUUCCUUGAGAAGAGAAGGAAAGGGGAAAGCAAUAUAUGUGGUUUGGGAUGGAACUUGGACUGGAGUCAGAGAUGGAAGUGUUAAUUGCCUUUCAACAAGUGAGCCUAUUGGUCUAGAUAACUGUCCAUCUGAUUGAUAACAUCGUUUACAUCUCAAGGACUGUGUUACCAUUUUGUGCAUCUGAGCAGUAUAAUAGAAACAAAUAAACCAAGGUGGUAUAAGAGCUCGCGUGGAUGCUCAAAUUUGUAGCAAGUAAUUUGCUAAGGAGUUUUUGGCAAGAAGGGUUAGUCAAAGAAGUAGCUUUGAAGAGGAACUCACAUCUAUAGACUUGAAAUUCAAAGAUUCACACUGCUGCUUUCUAUAAGUGCAGGACCAGUAUAGAAACGUGUUGCAUGGUCCAAUUCCUAGACGAAUGGAAUACAAAGACUUAAUGUAGGAAAGGAUGCCUGGUUGCUUUGUCGUUAUUGUGGACUAUGGAGCUUACAAGCCCAUCUAUCUACCCUACAAUUUCGCUAGGGUAAGCUAUAUCAUGUUCAUCAAUCCACUGGACAUGUGGGUAUAUGAAGAAUGCCAAGCUCGUUGGAGGAGAGCAAUUAAUAAUUUUGAGUUGUAGUUGUUUGAUAGUGAAGUGACAGAAUUGAUCACUCUGUCUAUGAGGUCCCCAUGCUGUAAAUGUGGCUUGACUUGUGGACUGAAAUGCUUUUCUUUUACCUGUUGUUUUAAGGCCAGUAAAUAUUCAUGACAAAAAACCCUGUCCUGGGUAGCUUAUUAGUUAUUACCACUUCCCUGGAAUGAUGAGAGUGUCAGUUGCUAGAGAUCUGAACAGCUGUCUGAUGGUUUGAUACUGUUCAAAUGGAUGGGUUCUAUUCUUAAAUGAAUAAAGUUUAUGUUACUGGCCUGAUUUCUUCGGAAUAUUUGUGCUAAAGAUUAUGAUUAUGGAGAAUGUUGUUGUAGGAAUUGUUGUACUUUUUCUUUCUUUCCAAACUUUUGGUGUGUUAAAAUAGGAAGAUGCUAGUUUCCCUUGAAAUCUAUGGUUCUGGUACAAUUUCUAGCAGGAGUUCUGACUCAAGUGCUACUAUUGAUUGGAGAGGAGACGGUAAGAAUCUGCUGUUAAAGUUUGGAUUGUCGGAUAUGGUAUAUUCUUUACUGAUGUGGUUCUGAAUUCUUUUGGUGCUGUCUGAGUAGGAUUCUGCUUGGAUGGAGGCUGGUGGGUGAUUUUAUUACCUGUGCUGCAGCGGUGAAUUUGUGGCUGGUGGUGGGGGUAUUGUGACCAUUCGGGUGGCAUGUGCUAAGUGUUAUUGUCUUGGUCAAAAUGGGAAGGGGGAAGAUCCACAUGAAGACACCUCUGACAAAUUUAAUUCCACUUGUUUGCUUGGUGGGAAAGUAGAUUAAUCAUCUCGCCUGAAAGUGACAUCCUUUUUUUCUGGGACAAAGGACUCUUUUUUUUUUCCUGUUGGUUUUCAUCAUCUUCACUUCUGUUGUACCUCGAGCCCCCUUUAAAAAUUAGGCGGAGAGAGGUUGGUAAUCUGUUUUCCUUGAAGGGGACAUCAGAAGUUUCUCCUGAAACCUGUUGUAUCUCAAUUCUCAACUCUGGGUUCUGGAAGAAGAAACAGCUGCAACCUAAAGACUGAGGAAAAGCUUCCAACCUGCAAAGCAUAACAAUCAAGGGUCCUUCUGCAUUCCAGCUUUCCUGACUUUUGCUGCUUCAUUCCAGUUUGCUGUAAUUUGCUAUUUUGAACUAUGAAUGCUUAGAAUGGGAAUAGAGUAGGUGUAUUUGUGAAAACAACUGUAAAUGCGUCAUAUUGAAAAGAACAACACUUUUUCCUCUCAAUCUGUACCCACUACUUCUCUUGUUAUGGAGUGGAACUUGAAGGCUGCAUCUGAUUGGGACUGGGAUAACAUAAUUGGGUUCAGCUCUAAGGCAUGUGGCACUCAGAAACAAGUGAAGCACUUCUUAACCCAUGAUGAUGCUGAAGAAGGACUUGGAGGGAUGAAUAGUGGAUACCUCUAUUCACCUGGAUGUGGUGGUGGUUUUUCAGGCUCUGAUUCAGGACAUGGCUCUUCAUCCAAGAGCUCUGUGGAAGGACUUCCUGACCGUAUCAGUAGGAACCAUUUGAGCAUUGUGGGAAAUGUUGAGAGUGUUUCACCUGUGGAUGCUUCUGCCGGCUCUGGGGAACACGUGAUUGGUCUGAAGCUUGGUAAAAGGACGUAUUUUGAAGAUGUAUGUACACCUGGAAACACCAAGUCAUCGUCGUCCUCUUCUUCUGUGAUUGCAAGCUCCUCUGUUGCUGCACCUAAGAGAACUAGGGCCUCUUGUCAGAGUUUACAGUCUCCAUGCUGUCAAGUUGAAGGAUGCAACCUUGACCUCAAGUCAGCGAAAGAUUACCACCGGAGGCAUAGAAUAUGUGAGAGCCACUCAAAAAGUCCCAAGGUCAUUGUUGCUGGCCUGGAACGCCGGUUUUGCCAGCAGUGCAGUAGGUUUCAUGAGUUGUCAGAAUUUGAUGAAAAAAAGCGAAGCUGUCGUAGACGUCUUUCUGAUCACAAUGCACGCCGUCGCAGGCCUCCGCCAGAGGCGCUCCAAUUUGGUUCAACUCUGUCUACAACGAUAUAUGAUAACAGAAGACAGAUGAAUGCUAUGUUGAAUAGGGUCGCUCUACCAGCAAAAAGUUUCACCUGGCCAACUAGCUUGGGUUAUAAAUUCGCCCAAGCAGGAGAUUCUUUCCUUGGAUAUGUGAAGUCAGAAGGCAUGAGUAGGCAGAUGAGUGAUUUGUCUAACGAGUUGAAUGAUUCAACAUCUGCCUUACCAAUGAUCUCAGACAAGGGUCUGUCUUUCAAGGGCAGUUCAUCUCAGAUCUUUAGUCAAGGUUUGGAGGGGCCUGCAGUGACUUGUAACCUAGAGAUGAACCCUGAUUUAGGGGGUGCUCUCUCUCUUCUGUCAACCAAUUCCUCCUCCUGGGGUAUGAAUGAGCCUCCUGAUUCAGCUCCUCUGGACCAUCUGAUGCUCGCCAACGAAACAAGCCUGGGCCAGACGAUGAUGCCUGCAGAACCGCAAAGUUGGUCACUCUCAUCAUCAGAAAAUGCACCCAUGGAGUCGCGGGGGAACUUGUUUGAUUUACAAGACAAUGAAAGCAUCAGUUUCCAGCAGUUUCAGCCGUUUAAAACGCCUCAUCACUCCAACUGCUUCUACCCUGGUCAAAUGAACUAAGCUGUUGGAAAUGGUUUCUUGUCUUUCGUCAUAACCUUAAUGCUAGCUGAGGUCAGUAUGCUGAUCCAUGCUAUGGAUUUUACGCAUUGUAAUGACUGUGUACUACCUUAUUGGCAAAUGAGGUUUCAGUCUCGCAAGCUGUUGACAUGAUUGGUUCAGAUAUCUUGCAUCAAUAACAUUUCAGUUCAUGUGAAGCAGUAGUUACGAUAUGCUCCCGAAGCGAGUUGGUCAUUUGGCUUAAUCCAUGGUUACUCUAUUCAUGCCGUUCCCUAACGUUGGAGGGUUCCAUCUGUAUGUAUUUUCAGGUAUUGCCAAGCAAGCAAGAUUGAUCAACUUCAAUCUGCAAAGGGAAGAGACGGUGAUGUGACUGCAAAACUUGGUUAAGCAAGUUUCCGUCAGCAGGCCACAAACCCUAGCCCUAUUUCCCCACUCUUCACCCCUACUGAAUUGUUGUUUGCUGGUGAGAUCGGUUUCCCAUUCUAUGAAAACGUUUUGUUGGAUUCACCUUUUGAUAAUGGGAUGGCGAUUGGUUUCUCAUGUUUCCCUCAAUCAUCACUAAUCAAAUGAGGAAGGUUUACCGGU